AUGUUUCUUCUGGUUCCCAUAGAGAUGACACCUCAUAGAUAGAGGGAGGGGUGUUCCCCAGCAACCACCUCUUCAGCCUCCAUCCCACCUCUAUACCUGGACUUCAGCAGGACCUGCCUGCUGUGACACCACAUCAUGGACCAGGUUGCGUUAGAGGUUCCAAAUCCCCCUGCACCUGAUGUGACAGAGAAUGGCUCUGAGCUGGCCAACAGUACUUCAGUGGAACGUGAAAAAGAGAAAAAGGAGCAUUUUCCAGAAAGAAGACACAGAACAUCCCAAAGGAGCUCCAGCAGAGCUCAGGGAACAGCAAAGAAUCGUGCACCUGCUAAAUCCCAGACAUCUUGUUCUACAAAGUGUGUUCAGACUAAAAAACAGAGCAAACAGAAUCUCCAGGCCAAAACUCCCCCUGCAAGGAGUCUUCAUUCAAGAGGACUUGAAGAGAAAAAAGACACUUCUGCCACCAAAGACCCAAUAGUGGGGCUUGAGCCAAGAGGGGAGAACAGCACUUCCUGCCCGUCUGAAAUACCUACACAGGGGGAGGCAGAAGAAGUAGUAGCAGGCAAGAAGCAAACACCGAGUGCUGGAAGGCUUGGAUCUUCCCACAAGACCAUUAAAGACAGCUAUGAAAAAGCCAAGGAGAUGGACAGCACAUUAAGUGCCAAAGAAUCCUUAACACCAUUAGGGACAGAUAUGAAAGGAGAAUGGAACAGCACUUCCUGCCCGUCUGAAAUACCUACACAGGGGGAGGCAGAAGAAUUAGUAGCAGGCAAGAAGCAAACACCGAGUGCUGGAAGGCUUGGAUCUUCCCACAAGACCAUUAAAGACAGCUAUGAAAAAGCCAAGGAGAUGGACAGCACAUUAAGUGCCAAAGGAUCCUUAACAUCAUUAGGGACAGAUAUGAAAGGAGAAUGGAACCCCCUUCUGGCAAAGAAAAACAAUUCGAUCCAUGCUAACAGGAAAUACAAAUUUGCCACUGCAGAUAAAGUUACCAGUAAAGAAGAGGAUAGGCAAGCUCUGUGCAAAGCAGCAUUAAUCAUGGGACAGAAAAGACUCGGCGACCGCACUGGAAUGCAAAAAACCUCCUCAAACUCUGCAUCUCCUACUGAUUACAACCAGCUGGGUUUUAACCUGAGAUCACGUAUCUUCCAAGGUGGCCCACUGGAAAGCCGAAGCUUGAUGAAAGAUUCCUACACCCCUGAUACAACUCAGAGGGUAAUCAGGGAUCCCAAAAACUGGCACGGAAGGAGAACUGAUGAGCUAGGAAAAUGGCAUGAGAAGAAUGCCCUAAAUCUUAACCUACAGAAAGCACUGCAGGACAGAUACAGGGAGAAAAAAGCAAGUCUUAGAAGAUGAAGGUUCCUGGAGUGCCUUCAGAGAGAAAUCUUUUUCCUCAGCUAAUAAACCUCCAUUUAAAGUAGUAA